UAUACGGUUACCUCCACUGGUUAUAUAAAAAAAUAAACAUAAACAAAUCACUUCAAUAUUUGUAACUGAAUUUGCGCGUAAAUAUUAAAACGUUAUAAAUAAAUGCAGGAAGUUGACGACCACAAGGUGAAAGAAGAACCUUUUGCUGCUGAAGAAACCAACUGGCGUAUUGAAGCCUCAGAUGAUGAUUCUUACGAGCCGUCACCAGAGGAAAUAAUUGAGCUGUAUGAUACUCUGGAAGCGGAAGGAGUGCUGGAAUUGGAGUGGCAGUGUCCGGGACGGCGCCCACCGUCGCCUGCCCAAAAUGAAUUUUUGCAGGAAGAGGAAGAAGAUUUAGAACUCAAACCUGAAGAAAAAUCCGAUUUUGACUUCAAGGAUGAGAUGUCUGCGCCAUCGUUCACCCCUCGAAGGGUUGAGGGCGGUCCAAAGGGCAGCGCGAAGAAAAAAACUACUAGUUUGGAUGGCAUUCUGUCAAAUAUGAGGCGUCAUAGGCAAAUGGAAGAAAUGGAAAAGCAAGCUUCUAGUGCUGGUCUGCCUGAUGGUGAGCAACAUCCAUUGAGUGAAAACAUUGGAGAAUGACGAACAUUUCUGGCAGUGCCUCAGAGACAAUCUUUAAUCUUGCUUUUAAGCAAAAAUCUGCAAGUUAUAGUUUCAUUGUAAAAUGUGUACUUUUGCAAUCUACACUUGUUAACUAUUUGUUUCAUACUGAUAUUAAAUAUUAUUUUGCAUAA